AUGACUGGUACCAUCAAUAUCACAGUGGAGUUCACCGGAGGACUCGAAUUACUCUUCUCCAAUGAGCGAAAGCACAAAGUCUCCAUCCCGGCCACAGACGCAAACAAUCAGCCCUCAAAUGUGGCAUUCCUCACGCAAUGGCUGUGUGAGAAUCUCAUGAAAGAUCCUCGGGUGGAUAUGUUCGUUCUGGACGGCUCAGUCCGGCCGGGUAUUCUCGUCUUGAUCAACGAUGCGGACUGGGAACUUGAAGGCGAGGAGAAGUAUGAGCUUCAGUCUGGUGACACGAUAGUUUUCGUCUCAACCCUUCAUGGCGGAUGA